CUGCCUUCUCCGGGACGUGUUUCAACAGAUGGUCGAGGUUAGAGAGUGUCAUCACAUCGGAGCGAGGAUUAGAGGAGAGAGGUUGUCUUCCAGGAGCUGUGUGGUCCCCCCCUCUUCUCCCCAACACCCCGCGCGCCUCCACGCUUGAAGCUAAAAAAAAAAACCCUCCGGCGUCCAGGAGACGAACUCCUCAAUGAGAGGAGAGGAGAGGGAAGGUCCGGUGAAGAACGCGAGGAGAAGUCUCAGAAAGGACUCGGUGCCUCCUGCCUUCCAGUCAACUAGGCCCUCUACAUCCACCAAGGUGUGAGUGAAUGCCCUCGCUGGUCCUCUCCUCCCUCCCAUCUCUCGAGUGAUCCUCCCUUGCAGUCAUCCAGCUGCUCAGUUCUCUUUUACACCAUGCUGAUUCACUGGCUCUCCUGGCUGGUCCUGCUGUCUCUGGACUGGACUCCAGGCAGCCAGGCCUUCACCACCACCAGGGCUCAGGGGCUUCGGGGUCGCAUGCAGCGGGACCGCCGAAAUAUCCGGCCCAACAUCAUCCUCAUCAUGACCGACGACCAGGAUGUCGAGUUGGGCUCUCUGCAGGUGAUGAAUAAAACCAGAAAGAUAAUGGAAGACGGUGGCACCAGUUUUAUCAACGCCUUUGUCACCACGCCGAUGUGCUGCCCGUCGCGCUCCUCCAUGCUGACGGGAAAGUACGUCCACAAUCACAACACCUAUACCAACAAUGAGAACUGUUCCUCCCCGUCUUGGCAAGCGCAGCAUGAGCCGCGCUCCUUUGCGGUCUACCUCAACAACACUGGCUACAGGACAGCCUUCUUCGGGAAAUACCUCAACGAGUACAACGGCAGCUACAUCCCACCUGGGUGGCGCGAAUGGGUCGGAUUGGUCAAAAAUUCCCGCUUCUAUAAUUACACCGUCUGCCGGAACGGUUUCAAGGAGAAACACGGCGCUGACUAUGCCAAGGAUUAUUUCACAGAUCUGAUCACCAAUGACAGCAUCAGCUUUUUCCGCAUGUCCAAGAAGAUUUAUCCCCACCGCCCCGUGAUGAUGGUCAUCAGCCAUGCUGCCCCUCAUGGUCCAGAAGACUCGGCCCCGCAGUAUGCCGAGCACUUUCCGAAUGCUUCACAUCACAUCACCCCCAGCUAUAACUACGCCCCAAAUAUGGACAAACAUUGGAUCAUGCAGUACACGGGCCCCAUGAAACCAAUCCACAUGGAGUUCACCAACUUCCUGCAUCGGAAAAGGUUGCAGACGCUUCUCUCUGUGGAUGACUCCGUGCAGAAGGUCUACGACAUGCUGGAGGAAACCGGAGAGCUGGAUAACACCUACAUCAUCUAUACAGCAGACCACGGCUACCACAUUGGUCAGUUCGGGUUAGUCAAGGGGAAAUCGAUGCCUUACGAUUUUGACAUCCGGGUGCCGUUCUUCCUGAGAGGACCAAACGUGGAUCCAGGGGCAGUAAACCCUCAUAUGGUGCUGAACAUCGACCUAGCUCCCACCAUUCUUCACAUCGCUGGACUCGACACCCCCCCAGAUAUGGACGGAAAGUCCAUCCUUAAGUUGCUGGAACAGGAGCGGACUGGCAACAGAUUCAAACCCAACCGGAAACCCAAAGUCUGGAGAGAUACAUUCCUGGUGGAGCGAGGUAAAAUCCUGAGGAAGAAGGAUGACUCGGCGAACACUCAACACACCAACAGCCUUCCAAAGCACAAGAAGGUCAGAGAAACCUGCCAGCUGGCCGAACUCCAGACGCCUUGCGAGCAGCCGGGACAGAAAUGGCACUGCGUGGAGGAGAUCACAGGGAAGUGGAGGAUCCAGAAGUGUAAAGGUGGUUCCAAGGAAGGGUCCAGGAAGAGGGUCCGCAGCCUGAGGCCCCCCAGCAGUUACGACAACAGAGAGAGGGUGUGCGACUGUGAGGACCCUCUGUACAAACCAUCCAGAGCGGACCGGCGUUCCCAGAGACGCUCCUCUUCAGGAGGACAGCGUUUCCGGCCCCGUUUCGUUCACACCCGGCCUGCUCGAUCGCUGUCUGUAGAGUUUGAGGGCCAGAUAUACGACAUCGACCUGCAAGCAGAUGACCAGUCCGGCAUCCGCCGCCGCGGCAUUUCAAAGCGCCACUACAACUCAGAGGAGCCAGAGUAUGACCUGGGCUCUGACGACGGUUCGGAGGAGAUGCUGGCGGACGACACCAACGCAGUGGGAUACCCAAACUCUGUGAAAGUCACCCACAAGUGUUACAUCCUGAUGAACGACAGCGUUCACUGUGAGAGGGAAAUCUACCAGUCCUCCAAAGCCUGGAAAGAUCAUAAGAGCUACGUUGAUCAGGAGAUUGAAGCCCUUCAAGACAAAAUCAAGAACCUUCGAGAAGUCAGAGGCCAUCUGAAGAGGCGGCGACCAGACGACUGCGACUGUGGAAAGAGCUACUACAACAAAGGCCUCAGAAAUAAGGGAGAACGACUGAAUGGCAGGAACGAUCAGCUCCAUCCAUUCAAGGAGACGACGCACGACCUGGACGGGAAGGCCCAGCUGUAUAACGACAUCCGGCGCAGGAAGAAGGAAAGGAAGGAGAAGAAGCGACAGAGGAAGGGAGACGACUGCAGCCUGCCAGGCCUCACUUGCUUUACACACAACAACGACCACUGGCAGACGGCUCCCUUCUGGACAUUGGGUGCAUUCUGUGCCUGCACCAGCUCCAACAACAACACCUACUGGUGCCUGAGAACCAUCAACGAGACCCAUAACACGCUCUUCUGCGAGUUUUCCACCGGCUUCCUGGAAUACUUCGAUCUCAACAGUGACCCGUACCAGCUGACCAACGCGGUGUACGCUGUGGAUCGGGACGUCCUGAACACACUCCACGCUCAACUCAUGGAGAUGAGGAGUUGCCAAGGGUACAAGCAGUGCAACCCUCGACCUAAAGGGUUGGAUACGGCACACAGCCAGUAUGGGAAGGACGACAGGGUUAAGCUGCCCAACCUGACAGACGAGGAGGUGAACUGGCAGGAACUGGAGGAUUUGUAUAGCAUAAACGAAAGCCUGUAUGAAUGUAGGCCUGACUACAGACCCAGCCCAGACAACUGGGCCAACUUCCAGAAGGAUGUUGAUAAAAUGUUUGCACUGCGACACGUUUUGAACCAAUUCAACCAUACCCAAAAGCUUGACGACUCCACCCUGCCAGAGCUGGGCUCUGGGGCCGGGGGUGGAGGCCUCGAAGAGGCCAGCGGAGAAGAGCUGGCCUCCACCAGCGACGUCUGGCCGGCUCCGGCUUCAGAGACUCGACUCGCCACCCCCGAUCCCAGCAGAAAGCCACCAGCACCUUCAAAACCCGAACAGAAACUGGACUCUGUGGUAAACGACCUUCCUGACGGCGUUUCCAACGGACUCGAGGAGUCCGCUUUGUCAUCGGCGGGUCCGCGCAGAGCCGAGCUCACGCCGAGCGACGCGUGGGCGCGGCAGCUGGAGGAGCUGGAGGAAGACAUGUUCAGUGGGAACGGACCGACCGAGCUGGAGACGCGCUACGACAACCUCAUGCGUACGCACAACAGCCUCCACGCCCCGCUGGACCCUAGCCGGCAUGUUCCGGGCCCCAGCCUGGACCCUGAAGACGAGGUGGACAUUUUCCAGGCUCAAGGCUAUCUUCCUCUCUCCCCACAGACUCUGAGGCCAAAGGUACAGAGCAGCGCCACAGGGAGCCCAGCCCCCACCUCCGCCACACAGACUAGAACUGCUCAGACUGUCGGGGUGGUCCUAAAAGCCCCGCCCCAGGCCCUCCUGCCCCUCAGCUUGGACUUUGAGGGCAGCGGCUUUGCGACCGAUUCCUCCAAUAAGACCCUCUGAAGCAGACGGGUGGUCCGGUAAACCCUUCCAGAGACCCGCUAAAGGCGCUAGUUAGGAGAUGAGCUGCGCUGUAGGAACACCGAGUAGCCCUCAGUCAAGUCAGAUUUAUCCAAGGAGUCAUAAAGUUCUUAUUUUUUUACUGGUGCCAACAUUUAUUAGCUAACAGUGUUACUAAUAAAUGUGUGUAUGAUAAAUAUAUAUAAGCCUUAAUGCAGCCAAAGUGAAGUUGGCAUUAAAGAUGAUUAUUUCCACGCAGGAAGGCUGAACAUUGUUCAUGGAUAUUUAAUGUGUUGUUGUUUUUUUUCUAUAAAAGACAGUGGGUGGUGAAACCAUCUGAGCAGCUGAAUAGGUAAUUACAGAGUUACUCUGCGGUCUUCAGCCUCAUCACAGGCCUCCCCGGCAACUUUGUUUGCCCACAUCGUGGCUCCUCUCAUCAAUAGAUAUACAUUUAUUUACAUUAUGACCUCAGAACUCAUGAAAUGAAACUAAAAUUGGACGACGGCAACAAAAGGUGGAUACUUGACUUAGAUGUUUGAUGUUAGUGUUUUUUCUCCUUCGGCGUGGCAGUAAUUUCAGUUUAGACAAUCAUGAAAGCAUUUCUUUUAGACGAUUUCUUCAUGCGAUGCCAAUUACCAGGCUGGAGUAAACGACACAGACAAAAACAGCAAGGUUCUGCUGUUCCUCUGUGCCAGCGAUCAGUUUUCCCCUCUGCAGUUUGCACUCGGAUAAUUCAAGCAUUUAUUUUGUUGUGAAUCUGAUUAAUCAAACCCCGAACAAAAUGCUGACAUGAUGACCCGGGUGUGAGAAAUGUUGACUGAUGCUGUUUCAGAGAAGUCGGUAAUCACUAACGUGAGGCGUGACGAAGUUCUCUGAUCAUCCACAGUUAAAGCGCCCCCCCUCUACAUUAACCUGCGCCCCUGGGUAAAAAGGUAAAAUUACACAUUAAAAUGGAUCAAUAUUUAAUGGCAGUAGCAGAAUCUCAAGUCAAAAAUUGUUAGAAAAAUAAUGCAACUGUAGCAUCUUUUCAUUUAACACCUGAAUUUGUUUAAAAUGUCCCAGAGUGUCAGGUUUAUUGACGCCGUGCCGUCGAACAAGGUUGCCAGGGCCUUUGGACGAGAAACGGGCCCACAGCAUCAUGGAUCUGUUACUGUGCUGAACAGUGGUGAUGAGGGAGUUUCCCUACAUAUUGAAUAAUUGGAUUAUCCAAACACACCGAGAUGGUUUGUUGAAAAGCUUAAAUGUAGUCUCAUCUGAUCAGAGUUAAAAUCCCUGUAGGAUUUAGGAAAUUCAACAAUUUUCCGUUUGUAACAGUUCAGACAUGACUUCUUCCUGGAGCUUUUCCAUGGAGACUAGCUGUGACCCCAACGUUUGCUUCGCUUUUCUCACAGCGACAUGAUCUCAUCUCAUCUAGCCAUUAACACUCGUUUCAAAUUGUUACUUUGUUGAUGUGGUCAAGUUUAUGCUAAGCAGCUCUUUUCCUGCAGGCAUUUGCUGACUUGCAACUGUUUUACUUAAAUGCCAUGUUUUCUUGUCUUUCCCACUUUGUGGUCUUACUAAAAGUUAGAAAGUUAAGCUUGAAUAAACAAAAGCUUAAGUUUAAUUCACAUUUUUGGCUAGAAUCUAGUUUUUUUUUUUUUUUUUAUAUAUAUAUAUAAAUGUAUUCAAAUUAAAGGUUUGAUUUUUCUCAAUUUUCCAGUUUGAGAUUAUGCUACUGCAAUAAAAGACAAGUUUGUUUUAAAUCCUUUUGCACAGCUUUACCAGGGGCGGUAAUAAAUGUGGAGGCGGCGUUAUGUGUGCAAAUGGCAACAUUUAAACUGUUUUUUUUUUUUCAUUUAUGACUGUAUAUUUUGGUCAAAAUAAUGCAAACCCACUGAAUAAUGUCAAAGAUGUUUCAGUUUGAACCCUAUUCCACAAAAAGUCAGUUCUUGCCUUCUUUUACCUUUUUUGCUCAACUGUGGUUUCAGGAAAGCCAAGACGCUGUUGCUGAAAUAAACUGCUUUAACUUGAA